GUCGGAGGACUAGACGAGUAUGCAGUAGCCGACGCCAUUGCGCUGGGGAGAGUGACAAAGCCCUUAAUUGCCUGGUGCAUCGGCACAUGUGCUGAAGCUCUGGCCCGUCGCCAUUCCAAGAGCGACAGCACCGAUGAAGUGGAUGUCUCGAGUGUGCAAUUUGGUCACGCCGGUGCCUGCGCUCAAUCACCACACGAGACAGCAACUGCCAAAAACUCUGCAUUGAGAAAGGCGGGGGCCUAUGUGCCCAACUCUUUUGACGAGCUGGACACGAUGAUUCAGUAA